CACAUUCAUUCCAUUUCGAGUCGCCGGACCGAGCAGACGUCGAACCGCUUAAUAAUACCGUUGCUAAAGCUCAAGAACAAGAAGGAGCGCGUGCGUGCAUGUUUUUUGAGGCAAACGCGUUAACCGUUCCGUUUAACUACCAAGUUCGUAUUACGCCAGCGGGCAAUUGGCUAAAAAUACAAGACUGCAACGGGGCAGACCAAGGCAGACCGAGCUGAUAAAACGAGAAAAUUAUCUUUUUUGUUGUGAGAGUGCAAGCGAAGCAAAACUUGUUCUAGAAAAAGAAAAUCUGAAAUCUGAAAUCUGGUCUAAAGUGGAAAUUAUAUUGUACAGAUCAGUACUAUAUAUAUAUAAGCAUCUCAAAGUGCAAAGCCGAGUGUUUUUUAUCUGAUAGAUGUCACAUCUUAUCUUAAGCUGUCUGUGAGUCUGUUGUGUCAGUGUAUUAGUGUAUCUCAUAAAGCUCCAACAGCUGUCGAGUGGCCUUGAGUGGGUGGGCAUCAAGAGCAUCUCUCUAGUUCUUCUCUUCCGCUCACAGUGAUCAUCAAUUAUGACGGCCGAGACCCUCAAGCCGUUCAUUACACCAACAAGUGCCGUGGAUGAUUUUCCGGCCAAGCCGGCCAUUACGGCCACUGCCCAGCGACGUACCCGCCAGCUCAUACCCCUGGUCUUGGGGGUCAUUGGUCUGGGGCUGGUCGUUGCCAUACUCAGUUUAACGAUCUGGCAGACCACGAGGAUCUCGCAUCUGGACAAGGAACUGAGAAGCCUCAAGCGGGUCGUCGAUAAUCUCCAGCAGCGAUUGGGCAUCAACUAUCUGGAAGAGUUCGAUGAGUUCCAGAAGGAGUACGAGAAUGCCCUCAUCGACUAUCCCAAGAAGCAGGAUGGCUACACGGACGAAGACGAUGAUGCAGAUGGCCUGGAUCCCGAUGGCGAGGACGACACCGACGAUUGGACCAGUCCCGGGGAAGAGGACGAUGACGAUGACGACGAUGAUGACAUCGGCAUGGAUUAUGCUGAGUACGAGGACAUGAUCAACAAGCUGAAGAAGGAGGAGGAGACCACAUCCGAGUCCAGCACUAUAACCACCGAUGAUGGCGACAACACUUCCGCCUCGUCCUCAUCCUCGGCCUCGAAUGAUGACAAUGUCUACGAGGACUUUACCAACUUUAAUGCCUCCCGAAAAAAGAAGGAUAGAAAAUCCCGUUCCAUUGCGGAAGUUCGCAAAGAUCUGCAGACGGUGAUGGCCAACCAAACCGAAUUGGAGGAAAAGUCCUCAUCGGAGGCUGUGUCCAAGGAGAGCAGUCCAUCCCUGCACCAUCGUCGCCGUCUCCGGCAUCGCACCAGUCGCCAGCGCAGCCUGGUCCGCAAAGGUGACUCUCUUAUUUCAGCCAAAUCCGUGAACAAUCCCACGUCCGGAACACCAGCCGCCCACUUCCACUUGACGCGCAAGGUGCCCCAUCACCAGUCAUCGAUUCAGCCCACCUCCUACAAUGGAGACAUGUACAUAGGCGAUGCCCACGAUGGCUCUGGCAAUGAUUGGCAGAGGCACUUCACCAUUCGCGAUGGCGUCCUGACGGUUCACCAGCCUGGCCUAUAUUACGUAUACGCCCAGAUCUGCUACAACAACACCCACGAUCACAAUGGAUUCAUUAUAUUCCGCGGCCAUAAUGCAUUCCUGCAGUGCCUCAACACAGUGCCCACCAACAUGGCCCAGAAGGUGCACACCUGCCACACCAGCGGCAUCAUCAACCUGGCCGAAAUGGACACCAUUCACCUGAGGGACAUACAUCAGGAUCGUGGCACGGUGCUGCGAAACUCCAAUAAUCGCAGCUACUUCGGUAUCAUCAAGUUGUGAAGGAGGGGGGAUUUGGGAUACAAUCCCCGGAGGAGGCCAGAGGAGGAGGACACACCAGUCGCCAGUUUUUUUAAGCUUUAGCUCGUGAAUGCGUAGUAGCUCGUAGUAACUAGUUUUAGUCACAGCUCAUACCUAAUCUCAAUACGAACCGCACGAAAAUCAUA